AUGACGGGCCCCGAGCUGCAGCUGCCAACGACAGUUGGUACAUAUGCCUUGAAAGACGCGAUUGCCAAGAAGAAUGCUCCAGUAGUUGACCGGGUCAUGCUUUUGACAUUUGAUACGGUGCUUACCAAGGUUGAAAUCCUGGCUCCUGGUGGUUCGUCAUCCGGUAGCGCGGCCGGGGUGGCAGCAGGAUUCGCGCCGCUUGCGCUGGCCACCGAGACCGAUGGCUCCAUUGUACAGCCCGCCAACCGAGCAGCGCUGUACGGCCUCAAAGCCACCGUGGGGCUUCUCCCUACAGAGGGGACAGCUCUAUGGAGCUCACUCACCGACAGCAUGGGUGGCAUGGCCAAGUCCCCCCAAGAUCUCGCAGCGCUUUUUGAGGUCAUCACCGGUGCAGAAAGGGGCACGAAGACCGAGGACGAUGAAGACGGCGCAGCUGCUCCGUGGAGCGGACUGCGUGUCGGAUUUGUCGAUCCGACCUUGUGGUCGUUCUCACCGGUGAUUUGCGAUCCCGACCCUAUUCUGAUUCAGCAGCAAAGGGACGAAAUGGAUGCUGCAAUUGCCAAGAUCGAGAAUGCUGGGGCGGUGGUUGUGCGAUCAGUCCCGUUCCCUUCAAUGGACCAACUAGUCUUGGACGGCGACGAUGCUCUUGAGCAGCUGUGGAAUCAUGACUUUAGCAAUGAGUGGGACGUCUUCUUGGAAGGCUAUGAUGACAGUAAAAUCAAGUCCCUGCGAGAUAUGGUUGAAUUCAACCGACAGAAUGCAGAGAAGGAACUGCCUCCACGUUAUCCCGGCCAGCAACUCCUCGAAGAUGCCAUUGAAGAAGAAAAGCGCAUAUCUGCUGGAAAGAAAGUACGAUGA